UAAAUAAAAUUUACUGUCUUUUUAAAUGAAAAAAAUUAAUCCAGAGGUUAAAUUUUUAAAAAUUUUUCUUACUGAGAAUUUAACUGAAGUUACUUUCAAAAACCCGAGAAUGUAAAUUGAUAAACGGGUUUUUUAAAUCGUUUCCGUGGUAACGAAGGUGACGUACAAACAACAUUGUUAUUUGACUUUAAAUUAUAAUUUACGUUUAAUUAUUACUGGGUAAUAAUUAUUAUUAUUUUUAUUUGAAAUUUAAAUUUAAAUGUUUUAGAUAAUAGUAUAAAUUAAUUAAUUAAAAUAAUGAGAGCCCAUCUGAGAUGGGUGGAUAAAGUCCAAGACAAAAACGAACAGUGUAUUUACGACCUGUGUUUCAAUCCUGACGGGUCGCAACUACUGGUAGCUGCUGGACAGCAAGUUCUUGUUUACGAAACUACCAAAGGCGCUUUGAUCCAGCCAUUGAAAGGCCACAAGGAUAUUGUCUACUGUGUAUGCUAUGCUAGAGAUGGUAAAAGAUUCGCCUCAGGUGGUGCUGACAAGUGCGUGAUAGUAUGGACAUCAAAGCUUGAAGGUAUACUCAAGUACUCGCAUAAUGACGCGGUGCAGUGCAUGAAAUUCAACCCGGUGUCCCACCAGUUGUUCAGCUGCUCGAUAUCCGACAUAGCGUUUUGGUCUAGCGAACAGAAAGCUGUGCAGAAACACAAGUCCGGUGGUCGCGUCAACUGCUGCGACUGGACCAAUGAUGGCCAGUACCUGGCAAUUGGUCUGGCUGCUGGUUACGUUUCUAUAAGGAACAAAAAUGGAGACGAACAGUUACGUAUUGAUAGAUCUAGCGGCUCUCCUAUUUGGAGCGUGUCUUGGUGUCCAUUGCGAGAUGAUACCAAUGUUGACAUCCUCUGUAUUGCUGAAUGGAACGGGACUUUGUCGUUUUACACACCAGCUGGUCAGCAGAUUGGAAGGGAGAGAUCUUUGAAUUUUAUACCAUUGAGAGUUGUCCAUUUCCCUGAGGGCCAGUAUCUGUUGGUUGUUGGUAGCAAUAGGAAAUGUUUGCUGAUGAAUCAUGAGGGAAUACAAUUGACUGAAGUAGGAGACAUCCAUUCGUCUUGGAUAUGGAGCUGCGCUAUCCAUCCUACCUCUGGUUACAUCGCUCUUGGCUGCCAGGAUGGUACGAUAACUUACUUGCAGCUGACCUGGAAUAUUGUACAUGGUCUGUACGGAGACCGUUACGCGUACAGAGAGAAUAUGACUGAUGUUAUAAUUCAACACUUGAUAACUAAUCAGAAAGUUCGAAUCAAGUGUAAAGAUUUGAUAAACAAAAUAGCUGUUUAUCGUGAUAAGCUGGCGGUUCAGCUGCCGGAGCGGGUUAUUAUUUAUGAACCCUCUGGUACUGCUGACGGUAUGCACUAUAGGAUACAGGAAAAAUUAUCUAAAACAAUAAAUUGUAAUUUGUUGGUUGUUACGUCUAAUAAUUUAGUAUUGUGUUUGGAGAAACGAUUACAGAGUUUAUCAUUUACGCAAGUUGUUGAACGUGAGUGGGUGUUGGAUAGUAUAAUAACGUAUAUUAAAGUUGUCGGCGGUCCCGCUGGCAAAGAGUGUUUGAUAGCUGGUCUGACAAGUGGACAAGUAAUUAAAAUAUACUUGGAUAAUCCAUUUCCUGCGCACUUGACUAAAGUUGAUGGCCCGGUCUGUUGUCUGGACAUCAGCUCGAUGAAAGAAAAGCUGGCGGUGGUGAGCGAGAGUGGGAUACUCUCGGUCUAUGACCUUUACACAGAGCAAAAAAUUUAUGAGUUUAAUGACGUGACUAGUGUCGCUUUUAAUAGAGCGUUUGAAGACAUGAUGUGUUUUUCAGGUCGCGAUUACUUGACAAUUAAGGUGGGAGAUUUUCCAGAGUACAGGCAAAAGUUAAACGGAUAUGUUGUGGGUCACAAUGGAUCCAAACUCUACUGCAUCAAUGGCACGAAUAUUGUUACGGUAGAUAUCCCGUUGUCGGCUACGAUGUACCAGUACUUGGACACAGGAAUGUUUGAUGAAGCCUACGCAGUUGCUUGUCUAGGUGUCGCAGAGUCUGACUGGUUGUCUUUGGGAACUUCGGCGCUGGAUAAAUUACAUCUGGACAUCGCACACGCGGCAUUCGCGCGGUUGAAAAAAUUGCGGUACAUUGAAGUAGUGAUGGAGAUUGAAGAUAAACUCAAGUCUGGUGAAUGGGGACAAGAAGCCUGUAUGGCAACUGCUGCUGCGGCAAUGGGAAGAUUAAGAGAAGCUGCUAAACUUUAUCAGCGAGCUGGAUUGCAACAGUGCGCUCUGGACAUGUACUCGGAUUUAAGAAUGUUUGAUAUCGCGCAGGAGUUCAUUGCUACGGGGAACAGUCAUGAUAAAACUGCACUGCUGAGGAAAAGAGCUGAGUGGGCAAAAAGUCUUGGAGAGCCUCGAGCAGCCGCUGAAAUGUUUCUCGCGGCUGGUGAUGUCGAACGCGCUAUAAACAUUGUAUCUGAACACGGGUGGAUUGAUAUGCUGAUUAAAAUUGGAAGGCAACUCGAUAAAGCUCAGCGUGACAGCCUGUACACGAUCGCCAAAAAACUCCGCGAACUGGGAGCCACUCACGGCGCCGCUGAAAUCUUCAGUCGUCUGGGUGAUGAUCCAGAUGUUGCUGAUGUUUUGGUAGACGCUCAAGCAUGGCCAGAAGCAUUUGAACUCGUCGAAAGAAAUCCUAAAUUAAAGUCACGAGUUUAUGGGCCGUAUGCUCGCUGGCUCGCGGAGACUGGACGUUUUUCUGAGGCUCAAGAGGCGUUCCAGAUGGCCGGACAAACAGAAGAAUCAAUGGCAGUAUUGACUACACUAGCAAAAAAUUCAGUGCUGAUGAAUAAAUUUCGGGAUGCUUCUUAUUUCUACUGGCUCUUAUCCCAGUUGAGUCUAAACUUGCCGAAGAAUUCUGAAGAAAUCAAAACUAUGUUUUAUGAGUACUCUGAUAAGGCUGAUAUAUACUACGCGUAUUAUGACGUUUAUAAAUACAUGGCAGAGCCAUUUACUUCACUGAUGCCAGAGGCUUUGUUCAACAUAUCAAGAUUUUUAUUAAUGAAAUUACAGGGUACCCGUAUGACCAACAUAUCCAUGAUAACAAUAAUUUACUCUCUUGUAAAACAGGCGCGAAUACUGGGCGCUAAUAAAUUGGCAAUGCAACUGCUGGAGCGGUUACGAGGAAUGAGAAUUCCCGAUAACUUACAAGCGCAAGUAGAAGUUGCGACUCUGGCCGCACGAGCCCAUCAAUACCAAGAUCCUGAGGAAUUACUGCCACUGUGCUAUCGCUGCUCUACAUUCAAUCCCCUUUUACCUGCCAAUAAUUAUCCGAGUAAUCGUUGCGUUCAAUGUAAUCUCAAGUUCCAUCACUCGUACAUCUCUUUUGAAGUACUGCCGAUUGUUGAGUUCGAACUGGAAGACGGCAUCUCGAAUGAGGAAGCUAGGAAACUUAUCGAAGAGCCCAUGGCUAUUCCGGAUGACGCUGAAAUAACUGAAGACCAAAUGACUAUUGUUACUGACCACACUGAUCUGUUCACUGCUCGUCUAAUUAAAUAUGAGGAUAAAACUGGAGGUUCGACAAUAAAAGUAGGACGGAAUGUUUUAAUGAGCUUGGAACCGUAUGAAGUAUUAAUUGUUCCUUGGCCAGAACCAUUCAAAACAAAAUACUACAGAAGAAUAUUAACUGAUGUACCAGUUACUUACUGCAGCUCAUGUUUGAAAUUAUUUCAAAUGGAAGAUUAUGAAAUAGCGUUAAUACGAAAUGGUCACUGUCCGUUCUGCCGAUACGCAAAUGCAUCAAUAAAUUAAUCAUGUACCUGACUAAUCAAAAUGAUGCAACUAUUAAAUUUUUUAAAUUUUAU